AUGCGCGAAGAUAUCUCCUUCCAAACCUCAGACAAUGUCACGCUUCGCGGUUGGUUUUACAAGCCGUCCGAGGCGACAAAUCCCCUUCCUUGUCUCGUCAUGGCUCACGGUUUCUCGGCCUUGAAAGAGAUGGACUUGAACACCUUUGCCGAGCACUUCGUCGCCAACCUUCCAAUCACUUGCUUGGUAUACGACAAUCGUGGAUUUGGCGACAGCGAUGCCAAAGAAGGUCAGCCCCGUCAGGAGAUCAUUCCUGCACAGCAAACUAGUGACUACUCGGAUGCUAUCACAUACGCUCAGUCAAAGACUGAAGUCAACAAAGACAAGAUUGGUGUUUGGGGUAGCUCGUAUAGUGGAGGACAUGUCCUUUGGGUUGGAGCUGUGGAUCGAAGGGUCAAGGUGGUGCUGAGUCAAGCCCCAUGCGUUGAUGGUUGGGCCAACUUUCAUCGCCUUAUUCGACCAGAUUUUGUGGCAGGCUUGAAUCAACUUUUUCAAGACGGUUUGUUGACCAUUUCUGGAGUAUGUAUGCGACUGACUUUAUGCAUCANNGAUCGUCAUUCGCGUGCAGCUGGAAAACCCGCCGUCGUCAUUCCAGUCGUGGAUUCUGAUGUCCACAAACCAUCAGCUCUUCCCACUCCCGAUAGUUUCGAGUUCUUCACUGCAUGGGCCGGCAAGAGCAAAUGGAAGAAUGAAGUGACUGUAAAAUCUCAAUCUGAACAGANNAUCGAGGCCUUCCGCGAAUACAUGCCAGCUGCGCAUAUACACCAUAUCUCUCCAACACCGCUACUGAUGACUGUAGCAGAGAACGACGUCUUGACACCAACAGAUCUUGCAUUAGAGGCUUACAACCGUGCUCUUGAGCCGAAAAGACUGCACAUCCUGCCUGGAGGACAUUUCGAAGCUUACUCUGGUUCUAACUUCGAGAGGAACGUUGGGGUGCAGGCCGACUUUCUGAAGAAGUACUUAUGCUCAUAA